AUGAUCCGUCUGCAGACGUACGCGGCGUUCAGCCUGCUGGCGACGACGUCAGCGGUGUACUACGCGUUCAGCAGCAGGGAGCAGUUCUACCCGGCGAUGGUCUACCUCUCCUCGUCCAAGAUCUGCUUCGUGCUGCUCCUCAACACGGGCCUUGUCGCCAUGUGCACCACCUGGCAGCUCGUCAAGCGCAUCUUCCUGGGCACGCUCCGCGAGGCCGAGGUUGAGCAGCUCAACAAGCAGUCCUGGAGGGAGGUCGUGGAGAUCCUCUUUGCGGUCACCAUCUUCCGCCAGGACUUCUCCGUCGCCUUCCUCACCGUGGUCGCCGCCCUGCUCCUCGUCAAGGCGCUGCAUUGGCUCGCACAGAAGAGGGUCGACUACAUUGAGACCACGCCCUCCGUGCCGAUGCUGUCGCACAUGAGGGUUGUGUCCUUCAUGGUGUUCCUGCUUGCCGUCGACUGCAUCUUCCUGUCGAGAUCCUUGAUGCCACUGAUAAAGAACCGGGAGGCGUCUGUUGCAAUCUUCUUUUCUUUCAGGUAUAUGAUACUAGCAACAUCGACGGUAUCGAUAUUCAUGAAGUAUGUAUUCUAUGUCAGCGACAUGCUAAUGGAAGGUCAAUGGGAGAAAAAGGCAGUGUAUACAUUUUAUUUGGAGCUCAUCAGUGACCUUGUGCACUUGUCUUUGUAUAUGCUCUUCUUCAUAGCUAUCUUCCACUAUGGUGUCCCUCUGCACUUGAUCCGUGAGUUGUACGAGACCUUCAGCAACUUCAGAAUUCGUGUUUCAGAUUAUGUGCGCUACAGAAAGAUAACUUCCAACAUGAAUGAAUGUUUUCCAGAUGCUACAGCUGAUGAGCUUAAUGUGAGUGAUGCUACAUGUAUUAUCUGUCGUGAAGAGAUGACAACAGCAAAGAAGCUGCUUUGUGGGCACUUAUUCCAUGUGCAUUGUUUGAGGUCAUGGCUAGAGCGCCAACAUACUUGUCCCACAUGUAGAGCUCCCAUUGUCCCCCCGGACAAUGGACGUACUGCAUCUGCGCAACAGCAUGGAGCUCAACCGGGUGUUCAGCUUGCUGCAGGCAUCGGCGCUCCAGGUUCAGAAGGGGCAACAAGUGAGAACGUGAACAGGCGUCAAGCAAAACUUGAGGCUGCUGCUUCAGCUGCUUCCUUAUAUGGGAGAUCUUUUGCUUAUCCUCAACAAACACCUUGA